AUGGAAGAACAAAUAAAUGAGCUCGUGAGUUUCCUUCGUGUCCCUAAUCCCGAAGUUGGUAUAUCUGUGCGUCGAGGUGCGUUAAGUCAUUUACUCGGGUACACUGCCAAAACAUCACAAUAUCAGUAUAUAUUUAAGCUAAAUAACAGGCAGCCCAUUAAAGAUUUGAAACUUUUGUGUAUGGAUAAUCCUUUAAUAGCGCAUGAUGCUUUUUCAGCCUUGAUUAAUUUGUCAGAGGACACCGAAAUAUGCAAAGAACUGGACGACGAUAAUUUCUUAAAGUACUUGAUGGGCACUAAUUCUGAAGCAAUACUCGCGGAUUUAGCAUGUAUGCUACUAUCAAAUAUUACAAAGGAUGAAAAAAUUGCCAUAAAGGUAUUAAAUGGUACUAUCCCUGAAGCAACUACCACAACAAACACAGCAAUCACCACUUUAGUAUCCUCCACGCGUGCAAUGGAUCAAUUGGUUGAUGUGUUUGUAAAAGGUGUAAAUAAAGAAUACAACAAACAUGCCGAAUACCAUUUUUUAGCGAGUGUAUUUGCUAAUGUUGCUAUCUUACCACAAGGUCGAGAUUUUUUCUUGACUGAUGCGCCGCAAUAUAAUUCGCCGCCACUUACAAGUCUUAUUAUUUUUAUUGAACAUUCUAAUAUAAUUCGAAGAGGUGGUGUUAUGUCAUGUAUGAAAAAUUGUUGUUUCAACGUGUCCCAACAGCUUGAUUUGCUAUCCGAGUCAAAAAUUAAUAUUUUACCAUAUAUAUUACUCCCACUUUGUGGUCCUGAAGAAUUUGAUCCAGAUGAUAUGGAGGGCAUGCCAGAAGACAUACAGUUCCUGCCACCAGAUAAGAAACGUGAAACAGACCCAUACCUCCGUCAAACACUUUUAGAAACGAUAUUACUUUUAACCACCACACGACAAGCACGCGAAAUACUUCGUGCCAAAAAAGUUUACCCCGUUAUACGACAGAUGCAUCUUGUGGAAGAAGAUGAGAAUGUUAAUCAUGUCGCUGAGAAUAUUGUGAAUAUGUUGAUGCGUGAUGAGGCUGAAGAGGAAAAACCAGGGUUAUCGUUGCAAAAGGAAAUUGUUGGCGCUGAUAAAGGAAACAGAGAUAUUGAAGAUGAGGAGGAUGACGAAGAUCUUCAAAUUGUGGAAAUCAUAUGA